AUGAACGCGAAAAAGAAAAUCAGAUCCAAUGAUCAUCUCGACAUCCAACAACAUCAACAGCUAAGAGCAACCGCCACAGCCAUCGAUCCCGAAAGCCAGCACUAUAAUCCCUUCAUCGCCCAACAAGCCCAAGAACUAAACCAACUCUUUCGUAAGAAAUGGCAGCCGCGCCUUCAGACCUUCAUCAGUAUCCUUGCAGACUCAAUUCUGUCGGAGCAAGUGGUUUGGAUCAUGGAUAAUAAGCCAUGGAUUACUCUAGCGGAUGCUAUUUCGGGGGUAUAUGGGGUGUCGACUUUGCAUAUGGACCCGGUGGUGACCGAGGCGAUGAUGGAGGACUACAAGAAGGACGGUGGACGAGAUGGGGAUGGGGAGGGGUUGAAGGAGAACGAGAUGCAGUGUGCUCGUCGACGACAGUGGGAGUCAGAUCGGUUGUUGGACGCGGUUCUGACACUCAUGCAUAUCCACGCCGCCUACAACGCCGUCAAAGCGUAG